AUGCUCUCCCUCUCCUCCGCCUCAUCCUGCGACGUCUGCUUUGAAACAUACCGACUCAACUCCUCCUCAACCGACGAGAUCCGACGCCCGUCCUCACUCGACUGUGGACACGUGUUUUGCACACCCUGCAUCGAUGCGCUCGAGAGCCUCAUUUGCCCCAUAUGCAGAAGCCCGUUCGACCGCCAUUCGGUCAGGAGGCUUUAUGUCAUCAUCGACCCGCCAUCCGAUCCACAGGCGCCUAGAGAACGCUCGGCUGCUAGGAGCAUGAAGAGGCGGCUCCCAGAUAGAGAGUCAGAUGACGCGGCGGAGAAAGAGUGGUUGAAAGAUAAACUGAUCGCAAUCGCCACCGACAGUGGCCCGGAUCGCGUCGACGUCGAAGAGUACUUGGACUGUCUACAGAGGGCCGGGGACUGGCUUACGCGGAACAGCCCAGGAGAGCAUCAAGAUCUCAGAGCCCUAUACAAGCUCCACAGCCUCUUCUUGAAGUACUUUAGGGAGCACAACAUCGCCAUCCUCGAGGUGAAAGACCUCACCAAGCGAUGUCGCGAGUUGCGCGAUACGUUGGCGUCCACGGAGGAAUGUGCCCGCUUGGAAAUUGAAGAAAUCAUGAGAGCGUUUGAAGAAGCCGACCGCACGAGCAAUACUGAGCCUUCAGAAGGUUCAUCCUCGCAUGAAGAGGAGACGGAGUCUCCAAAGCCGUCGCCCGUCACUUCCGAGUUCUCGAUAUACUUUCCGCCCUUCUGGGAUACGACUGCGCGUGGCUCCACCGAUGUGGCGCACAUGGGCGCAGCUGUUGAGAGCUUGAUGCUGGGCGAAUCCGCGCACGUCGACUUCGAUCGCUUGGCCUACCCUGGACACCUGUUUCACUGA